AUGGACAGACCAAAGUCCGUGCUGCCCACCGUUCAGCCUUCUGGGUCCAUUACCACCGUCUCCUCCAAGGCACGUCCAAGAACAAGCAUCAUUCAGUCCAGCCAGCUAUGGAAGACCAGCGCUGCCAAACGUGCGGAAAGAAGCUGGGCGCUACAGACGGAGCGAGCUCUGUACUCGGACUCCAAGUUCAAAAAGUACAUCGCUCUCGUCGAGAGGACGCUGGCCUCUUUUGACAAUGUCAGCGAGUGGGCCGACUUUAUCUCGUUCCUCGCCCGACUGCACAAAGCCAUCCAGGCGUAUCCGAACUACAACGCCAUCCCUCGCAAACUCAUCGUCGCAAAGCGUCUAGCACAGUGUCUCAAUCCCGCUCUUCCGUCAGGUGUGCAUCAGCGCGCGCUCGACGUCUACCAUCACAUUCUCAGCGUCAUCGGUCCUGACGGUCUACGCAGAGAUCUGCAAGUCUGGACCAGCGGUCUCCUCCCCUUUUUCCAGUACGCUUCCACGUCGGUCAAGCCCACCCUCAUCUCCAUCUACGAGACUUUUUAUCUUCCGCUCCAAGACGAUUUGCGGCCACUCACAAAGGCACUCCAAAUAGCUCUGUUGCCUGGGCUGGAAGAAGAGACGAGCGAAUACUAUGAGCGCACUCUGCGCCUGCUCGACGGCAUCUCGAAUGCCGUCACUCAACCCUUCUUUCUCCAGAAUUUAUGGCUCACCCUCAUCACGACGUCCUCGGUGCGACUCGCCGCUCUCAACUAUCUCACUCGCAGGAUGCCCCCGCUGCAAGAUGCACAAGACCCGACCCUGCAGAUUGGCAAGGACCUAGGUCUCAUGGUCCGUGGCCUGGCCCAUGCCCUCGACGACGAUCUGCUCCUCGUCCGCCGCAACACCCUCGAGAUCCUCGUCACCCACCUUCAAAUCGACAAGCCCGCGUUCAGGGCCUUUGUCAAGCCGCCAGACCAGAUUCUUCUCGUGCGCUCCGCCCUCAACGUAGUUCUACGCAAAGAUCUCAGUCUCAAUCGUCGCCUCUAUACUUGGCUUCUCGGCGCCGACGAAACGCCAGAAGCCCAGAUCGUAUUCCUGCGCCAACACGGCCUGGAUUUGGUCCGCAGUGCGCUCAAGCAAGGGUUCGACAACGUCAAUCUCGAUCUCGCUGACCGUCAAAAGCCAUAUCGAAUCUUUGUAUCGCUUCUCGAUAAAUGGGAGAUUGGUCAGUCCCUCACCCGUGUUCUGGCGCUAGAUGCUUUCCACGCAAUCAGCCUGCAGGUCGCAAGGGGUCAGCAGGAAGAACUCAUGACUACCGCAAAGAUGCUCUUCGAGGUCGUCGAUCCCUUUCUUCUCUACGGCCGAUGCCUUGAAGCAAUCACCGAGCAAAUCCAUCCCGAAGCUCCGACGUCAGCGGCCGACAGCGAACCGCGGCCAUCAACCACUCAUUCAAUGCUGGCCCUCCUCUGCUUUAUCUUUAAAGCAUUUCACAUUCACGACGAAGAGACAAAGCAGAUCCACGUCCCGCUCCUCUUUGCAGCGCUCGCUCAGCUCCUGCUCAAGCAGCUGCAACAGGCCGAGGUACUCAACGAAACCGCAAGCUUGCGAACACUCGACGCGCUGGAGCUGCUCAAGCUACUUGUCACAGUGAUGCCUUCCCGAGUGUUCGUUCGAAUCGCGUCAUCAUCGCCUGCCGAAGGCGUCGCUUCGACCGACUUUUUGGAACGAGCUCGCUCCUUCUAUGCAGCCAGCGAGACCGACAGCCAGCAAGCCGCUCGCAACUUCCUGAGCUUCCAAGACAGUGCAUCCGCCACAGCCCUCGUUGAGCUUUUGAGCAGGGUCUGCCUGGAGAGCGGCCGCCGCUCCAAAGACGCUAUUGCAGGAGCGGAAAUCUUUGUACGCGCUCUCGACAUCUUUGCCGAUGUCAUGCGCGUCAUCGAUGGCUCGGAAGCAGCCGAGGAGAUCGCUCUGGUCGCGUCGGCGCCCUCUUCAUCCGAACCAGCAUCAACGCAAAAGCUACCCUGGGAUGCAGCCUCCUGGACCUCGACGCUCUUGCCGUAUCUCGACCAUGUAAACAGUUUUGCAGAGGUGGAGCGCAUAGUCGAAGUGUUGAUUUCCUGCUGCAUCUGCAGAGCGCUUGAACGGCCUAUCCAACUCGAUGCCCCUCAAGUCCUCGACCGCAUCGUUGCUUCGCUUCUCCGAUACCUAACGCCCACAAUGUCGCCCUACCACGUACGAGCUGUCGAGCUCCUGUGGGCCACCUGCAAGGUCAGCCAGCGAUCGCGUCUGGAGACCGUCAUGGCCAAGCAGCUCACGCGUGGCACCGAGGCUGCUCGGGCCGCCGCGCUCGCUGCAUUUGGGACGUUUUGGCGAUUGUCCGAAGAUGUUUCAACGGAUGAGCUUCGCACGCCGUUGCUUUUGGUGCUGGACAAGCUGCAAUCUCUAGAUGCCGAGGAGCGACAGCAGGCUGGAAUCUGGCUUCGGUCCAAUCUAAGGUCGUACCUCAAGGUAGUGGAUCCGCUGCUGCACAUGCUCUUGCACAACCGUCCUGAUCCGCUGGCCUCCGCAGCUAUGGACGUCUACAGCAUCCGAGUUUCCUUUCCGCGAAUCGAAGGACCCCUCACCUUGCAGCUCAUUCGGUACGCUCUCCGAACGCUGUCUGCGCUCGCACACUUUGGUGGGCCCGCUUUCACCAAGGCUCUCGCUACAACUCCGCUCUCGGCUUCACUCAGCACCAUCACCAAGCAGCUCAUCCGAGCCGAGACCGUCGGCGCCUCUGCAACCUACUUGGACGCUCUGCUAGACGAGUGUGCCGUCUGGGUAGGUGCACAAGCUUCGCCUUUGCUGCAAGAUAGCUACAGCUCCGCGCUGACAGCGACUCGAGCGGAUGCUGUUGAGCUAGUGCAAAGCUUUGUGCAGCGAAACGCGUGCUCACGCCAGCGGGUCAACCAGCUAGAGUCGGUCUUCAUUGAGGCAUUGUUGAUGUCUGUGCAGCAGGGCACCAUCUCAAUUCAGAACAAGAUGCUGCACACGCUGCACAGCCUCCUAGUUGCCAAGACGAGCCUUUCAAGCCGACCUGAUCUGCUUCAAAGACGCUUUUCUAGCACCUCGCAUUCCCAACGCCUCCAUCAGCGCAAUGAGUCUGCCGGCCGCAGCGAGGCCGAACCGGGCGGCACUUCUCCGGUUUUCAACCAAAACUCGGCAUCGUCAACAGCAGUGGUCUCGACGGAUUCGACCAAGCAGCCGCACCGUCUGCUGCUGCCUCUGCUCCAUCGUGGGCUCGUCACUGCUUCCAAUCGGCCCGUCUUGCAGCUCUGGUCCGAUUUCAUUCUGAUGACCGCGCCGUUCUACCGCAGCAGUGCCGCGAGUUUGCUACUGCCGCUCAAUCAGACAGCCUGCGACUUGAUCGCAAAAGGAAUGCUCGAGGUCAGUGGGUCCUAUGUGCCGGCGGCGUGCCGACCGACUUUUGGUGCAGAGUCAGUGGUACAAGCGCACGAUGCACAAUGUUCGUUCCUCGAGUCGGACCUGUUGCUGCUCAUCAAUCUUGCUGAACGCCUAUUGAUCCUCGCUACGGCAAGCGCAGGUAGCGAAGGGUCAGUAAUCAUGGCCUCGCGCGUUGCUGCGGCAGAGGACGUUGCAAGCGCCGACUCUGUCGCCAAUGAAAAGGCGGUGCAAGAGCAUGGCACUCCGGGCUUGCUGGGUUAUGUCUCCACCGUGUUUUCGUCCGAUGCGGCCGACGCAGAUGGAUCGGAUACACCACGUGACGGACGUACACACAAUCUUUCGCUCACGAUCCAGACGCUGCAUCGUGUCUGGACCGUUUGCAGCGCAGAAUUCUCGCACACGGACGCAAGGUCACUCUCGCUCGACGCCAUGAGCUCCAAGGCCAAGCUCCGAUCCCGUCGUGCCUUUGAGCGCAUCUACCGCGCGCAUCCUGCCGAGACGGUCGAGUCCCUCCUGUACUGCUGGCACGCCAGUGUCAAGUCUGGAUGCACGCGCAACGAGGCCUCGACGCAAGCCGUCAUUGAGAUCCUCGACUUUGUGACUCCCAGUGCACAGAUCCUCGUCACCUUCCUUUGUGACGUGCUCAAAGCUCGCAUUACCCGUUCUGAUUCGGACCGAGCGCGCAAGAACGGCGCUACCACUGUCACGGCCGUGUCUGAUGUGACUUACUUCCUCUUCUUCGACACGGUACUCGCAAGGAUGGAGCCGCAAGAGGCAACACAAGUAUGGCCAGUCGUCAUCGUGUUUAUCAAGGACUUCGUCGCAAACGGCAUGGCGCGUAAGGUGCAUGUCUAUCCUAUGUUGCGCAUCUUCACUGCGCUCGCCGAGAAGAUCUGCUUGACAGCGGGUAUCGAAGACCGGCGUACGAAGCGAGAUCUACAGGACAACUACGCCAAGCUCAUCGACUCGUGCAUCCUCAUCUCGGGCCGGUCGUUCGACCAGUCGACCUGGAUCCGACGUUCAGGCCGCGACAAUGCAGAGGAUCUCGACAAGGAGGCGACCGAGUUUGCUUCCGAGCUGCUGUCGCUGGAAGGGGAGAAGCGGGCUGGCCUGAGCACGGACGGCGGUUCCGCAUCUGGAGUCAUCGACGCGAUCAACCAUUUCCUUGCAACGCGCGGUCUGACGGCGCUGCGCAAGAUCCAGAUGGACGCGGAUCGCAUUCAGGCUAUCGUCUCGAACGCCGUCUACUACAUUGUAGCUCCUGCUGCUCGGACAAGAUCGCGCACGUUAGAGGUGGAUGUCAGCGUCCUAGCCGUCGUAUCAGAGCUCGUUCGUAUGCCAGGAACCGUCAAGGCCUGGCGCAGCACCGUCGCCGACAUUUUUGGAGAUGGCCGCUUCUUCAGCAUGCCUCUAGCGAAGGCUAGAUGCUGGCAACCGAUCAUCUUGGCACUCAUGACUCAAGACAAAGAGCGCGUGGUGGAUCUGCUCGCCCGCGUUAGCGCAACUGCAGGAGCAGCCAAUAUUUUCGCCAACCGCGAGCUCGAGAUGCUCUCGCGCGCACUCAACCUUCGCCGCCUGUCGUUCACGAUCUUUGCCGGCGAGACGGAUGCAUUCCUCACGCAGCUUCCGUUGAUUCAGGAAAAACUGGUCGACCUACUCCGGUCGACGGCUUCGGAAGUGCUGCAUGCCGAGGUGUAUUUGUGUCUGCGAGUGCUGUUGGUCCGAUACUCUGCGAGGAACCUGGCGAGUUUCUGGCCUGUGCUGAUGACCGAGCUGAUGCGGCUGUACGAUCAAGUUGCGACCGAGCCGGAGAGUAUUCAGCAGAGCGCGGACGGACGAAACUUGCUGCUGUCGACGCUCAAGUUGCUGGAUCUGUUGGUGCUGAUCCAGCCGGAAGAUUUCCAGAUCAACGAGUGGCUGUUUGUCACGGAUACAAUUGAUGCGGUGUAUCCUGCCGAUGACUUUCAGCCAGAGACGCUGCUGGAUAGUCUGUCGACGACAUUUCAGAAACAGAACAAGCCGAGCUCGUCAUCUCCUGCGCACACAACAGCAGCGGCCAGCGGUGGACUCAAGAGACGGCUGCAGAUCGGUCGACUUAGGACGAUAAGCUCUGUGGCCGAGCUGGUGCCUUUCUUGAAUAGCGUCUCGCAAAAUGCGUUCGAGGGGAACUACAGUGACAAGCCGAUCGACUUUGAAGACGUCGACAUGUGUUUGCUCGCCGACAUGUUUGACAACGAUGCAGGCGGGAGCGAGCAGCAGCAGCAGCUGACACAGGAUGGCGGUGCUGCGACCGGAAACAUCGACGCGUAUGCGCCGCAGAUCAACAACAACGGCGCCAGCGCCCAGCAGUUCAGCUUCUUCCAGUGCGACUCGGCCUACAUGGGCUACACGUCGGACGAAAACAACUGGUACGGCCACUUUGACGCCUACGCACCCAGCAACCCCUCGUGCCUCUCCAGGCAGACCGGAGGCAGCCUCAACAAAUACGUCGUUCAGCGCGACAACGGUACCAACGACAAAUGCAGCACCACCGACACGGUCGCGCAGGUGAACGACUUCUUCCACCUUAGCAAGAGCGACGACGGUUUCUACGAGAUCAGCUUCCUCGGCGCUACUGCUGCGGACGCUGAAAAGACGACAGCGUACGGCUGGAAGCCCACGCUUGCGGCCAACGAGCUUCGGAUGGUCCGCAGGACCUGA